UUUUAACUUUGUUCAGUGGGUUCAGUGUUGGUUCAGACUGAAUCGUUCAGUGUGUUUUGACUUUUGGCUGGCUGAUUGCAGAACAAACUCGAAGCAACAGCUGGUCGUGAAAGUUAAUGACUUUUGAUGACUCUGAUUACUGAUUAUUACAUACACAUAGUGUACAAUAUACGAUUGACCGGUAUCGUUAUACAAUAAAACAGUUCAGUUAUUGCAAUUGUUAUGUGCAAUUAUGGCCCGUGUUACAUUUAAUUCAUCAACCAAUCUACAGAGGAUCAAAUGGAUCGUUCAGAGAGCCUAUUCCCAAGAAUCAAUCUUCCCAAAAAUUACGACCCAUUAUACCGUUGUGCCCAGAGAAACAGAUUCGAGAUGGAAAGACGUGAGUAUGGAAAGAUAUGUAGACGAAACCGACAUCUUGAUCGUUGGAGGUGGACCAGCAGGGCUGUCUGCAGCCAUUCAAGCUCGCAAAUUAGGCGAAAAGCAUGGGAAAGAUCUAAAAGUCACAGUAGUUGAAAAAGCAUCUACUAUUGGAGGUCAUAUACUCAGCGGGGCUUGCUUGGAUCCUGUAGCACUAAAUGAAUUGUUUCCCAAUUGGAAAGAAUUAGGAGCUCCAUUAAAGACUCCAGUCACUAAAGAUAAAUUUGCGUUCCUAACUGAGAAGAGUAGGAUACCAAUACCGAUUUUGAAAGGAAUGCCCAUGUACAAUCAUGGAAACUACAUAGUUAGAUUAGGUCAUGUCGUGGCGUGGUUGGGCGAACAAGCUGAGGCGAUGGGUGUCGAAUUGUACCCUGGAUACGCUGCAGCGGAAGUUCUCUAUCAUGAGGACGGUUCCGUUAAAGGGAUCGCUACAAACGACGUCGGUAUUGCUAAGGACGGCUCACCUAAGGACACUUUUGAACGAGGAAUGGAAUUGCAUGCUAAGUGCACCAUCUUCGCCGAGGGAUGCCAUGGCCAUCUAACGAAACAGGUUUCGAGGAAGCUGAACUUAAGGAAAGAUUGCGAGCCACAGACAUAUGGAAUUGGUUUGAAGGAGAUUUGGGAAAUAAACCCGGAGAAGCAUAGACCGGGUACUGUGGAGCAUACCAUUGGUUGGCCCCUAACGAAAGACACUUACGGUGGCUCUUUUCUGUACCAUCUCAACGAGGAUACUCCCCUUAUUGCUAUCGGUUUCGUUAUCGGUUUAGAUUACUCAAAUCCUUAUUUGCAUCCCUUCAAAGAGUUUCAAAGAUACAAGCUGCAUCCCAGUAUCAGGCCCGUGCUGGAAGGAGGCAAGAGAAUUGCGUAUGGUGCAAGAGCACUGGUCGAGGGCGGUCUUCAAUCCCUUCCGAAGCUACAAUUUCCCGGUGGUUGCCUAAUCGGCUGCACCGCGGGAUUUCUAAAUGUGCCUAAGGUGAAGGGAACGCACAACGCUAUGAAGAGCGGGAUGCUCGCUGCAGAGAGCGUGGUCGAAGCAAUAAUUAACACUGAGAGUAAUCCGUCACCGACGAAGGGCUUAGAACCUGUUACCUAUACCGAAAAAAUCAAGAACAGUUGGAUUUACAAGGAGCUGAAGGCUGUGCGAAAUAUGAGGCCUAGUUUUCACACAAGUCUUGGAAUAUAUGGAGGUGUGUUGUACUCUGGGUUUUCCAUGCUGAUCGGGGGAAGAGAACCAUGGACCCUCUCCCAUGGAGGGCCGGAUUACAAGAAAUUGAAGUCAGCAUCCGAGUGCACGCCCAUAGAAUACCCGAAACCGGACAACGAGGUUUCUUUCGACCUGUUAUCAUCGGUAGCUCUUACUGGUACCAAUCAUGAAGGAGAUCAACCACCCCAUCUGACUUUGGCCGACGACAGUAUUCCAGUAAAAAUGAAUUUAGCUAAAUUCGCAGGGCCUGAGGGUCGAUUCUGUCCAGCUGGUGUAUACGAGUUCGUGCCUCUGGAGACUUCGAACGGCGAAAGGCUGCAAAUAAAUGCACAAAAUUGUAUUCACUGCAAAACUUGUGACAUCAAGGACCCCAGCCAGAAUAUCAAUUGGGUAGUACCGGAAGGAGGCGGUGGUCCAGCUUAUAACGGGAUGUAAAUUUCGAAUACGAGAUAAUUUUGUACUAUAAUUAAACUAUUUUUUAUAAUCAUUAAUAUACAACAACGAAAUAUUUUAUUUACAA